AUGCAUGCACAGAUAUGCACCAUUGAUGUGCUGCUCUGCCUUCUUAGGCAGUUUCAGUACAAGAUUCGUAACCAAGUCCUCCAACUUGAAGAGAUAUGGUGCACUCAGGAGCUGCGAGAGGCGUGCGGCUCCUUACCCAGCCAAGGCCGUUUUAAACCCCAGUUUUCGGCACGUUCGCGGUGGGGGAUGAGCGAUCAAGGAGCAAACCGGGGCCGAUGGUCUGAGGCGGACAACGAGCUUCUUCUGUCGAUGAGGCGCCGGAAAAAUACUUGGGAGGUGAUUCAGCAGAGGUUCCCAAAGAGGACACUGGCGUCACUGCGGCAAAGGUACUCGACUCUCAACAACCGAUCAACACCAGGUAACCAAGGGCGGACAAGAGGUAGGUGA